GCGGUUUGAGCACUACCAUCGUUUCCGAAACAAGCAUGGCGCUGUCACUGCUUCUGGUGUGGUGGGCCUGCAUGCUGGCCACGGCGCGGGCCUUGGCGCCGAUCCCGCCGGGCGUCACCUUUGAUCUGAACGGCGGCGGCCUCGAGCGCAGCCCGGCCUUCUCGCCUCUCGACGAUCUCAAGCAAAAGCAUGUGCUCUUCAUCUCGCUCGCGAUCCGUGGCCACGCGACACCUCUCUUGCGCGUCGCCGACGAAAUGGUUCGCCGCGGCUACAACGUGAGCUUUGCGACGCACGACUCGGGCAAGGAGUGGGUCCAGCGCACGGGCGCGACCUUCGUAUCCGCCGGCCCAUUUCCGAUUUCAGCCGACACGUUGCGGGAAAAGCUCCAAGCCAUCACGCGCGAUGCGUCCACGUUCCGGGGCAUCCUCAACAUGUUCAACGACAUUUACGUCCCGACAGCGCAGCCCAUGUACGAUGCGCUGUACCCGAGUAUUUCGGCGUCGCGCCCGGACCUCGUCAUCCUCGACAUUGCCACCAUCGGCGGGCACGACCUCGUGCACAAGUUGCAGCUACCGUACCUUGUCAACUCGCCGUCGAUUCUCUUCGACAUGGGCGGGACGCCGUCGUAUGUACCGGCGUGGGGCACGGGCUUUUCGAUUCACAUGUCGCUCUGGAACCGGUGCAUGAACUUGCUCUUCCCACGGCUCCUCUCGGUCGCGCUCACGCCGCCCUUCAUGCAGGUCAACAAGGCGCGUUGGGAGCUCGAUUUGGCGCCGUACCGGUCGCAGCACGACAUCUUCAAGGGCGCCCGGAUCCUUGUCAACACGGCCUUUGGCCUCGAGUACGCCCGACCGCUCUCGCCGCUCAUCGAGAUGGUCGGGCCACUCUUGCCGCUGGAGAGCCUCAGCGACGCGGCGUCGACGUUGCCACCGCUCGUGAGCCAGUGGAUGGCGUCGGACGACGUUAUCUACAUUAGCUUUGGCAGCCUCUCGUACAUUGACCCGUGGCAAGCGAACGCGAUCGUCCAAGGUCUCUCGAAGGACGGUGCGGCGUACAACGUACUCUGGACGCUUCCGAACGACCAGCGCCACGUGCUGCCCUCCACUUUGCCCCCGUCGUUCCGCAUCAAGGUGCUCGGCUCGGGGUUUCCCCACCUUAAGGUGCUCGCGCAUCCCGCCGUCAAAUUAGUGAUCUCGCACUGCGGCAUGGUCUCGGCGCAAGAAGCGCUCGUGUUUGGCAAGCCCGUGCUCUGCCUUCCGUUUGUCGUUGACCAGCCCGACGUGGCCGCGCGGGUCGUCGACGCCGGCGCGGGCUUGGUCCUCGACAAGACGCACUUUACGCCAGAUGAGGUCCGGCACAAGGCGCACGAGCUCAUCCAGAACGCCUCGUACGCGGCCGCGGCCGUGCGCGUUGGCGCGGCGCUCAAGGAGGCCGGCGGCAUUGACCGCGUGCUCACGAUCAUCGAGUCGACCCUUCAGUUUGGCCACGCCCACUUGACGACCGUCGACCUGCUCUUGCCGUGGCACAAGGUCGUCAUGCUUGACGUGUGGGCUGUCUACGCUGCCGUCGUGUGCCUGGGGCUCGUCGGUGUCCGCGUGCUCUGUCUCUUUUGCUACCGGUUUCUUCGAAGCCUCGUCAUUGUCGCUGGCGGCGCGCCACCGCUCGAGCCAUCGUCGAAAGCACCGUCGUCGACCGAGACCCCGCCGCCGUCGUAGCAGUCUUCUGAUAAGUGUAUCUCUUCACGCUCACUUUGUCUUUGGUUCGACGGACGGUGUGGGAGGAGAUGAGCAUCAUAUAUGUAUUUACUACCACACGAGCCGAGUGGCCAAAACUACUUAUAACGUAAACGUUGUCGUCGA